ACGGAUUGAUUCCAUGUGGCAAAGCCCCCCCUGGCCUGCAGGAGCAGGAGAGAUCCGCAGUGAGUGCGAGCUGUGUCCCACACUGCUCCUGGCAGCCUCUCCCCUCUCUGGACCCGCUGGCUCGCACCCCGGCACUGCUGGCCAUGACCGUGGCCACCGUGACCACCACGGUGGUGGCCCUGGACAUGGCCCUGGACUCCUUCGAUGACCAGUACCGGGGCUGCCGACACGCCAUGACCCAGCUGCUGCCGGCCCUCGAGCACUCUGAGUUCCAGAAGAAUCCUCAGUUGGCCCGGCUCUGGGUGGAGGCCGCGGAGCGGUGGCAGAGGCGGGGACCCCCCGUGACCCCUCUGUCCCCAGCGCAGGCCAUCGCCCUCAUGACCUACACCACCAAGGACGUGUCCAAGGAGUUCAACGCGGCCGUGCGCGUGGCCGGGCGCUCCCGCCGGGAAUACCGCCACAACUUCCACUUCAAGGCGCUGCAUUUCCUGCUGACCGACGCCCUGGCCACGCUGAGGGACGCUCGGGGCCCGCGCUGUCACCACGUGUUCCGGGGGGUGCGCGGGCUCCGGUUCCAGGCGCGGCCCGGCGACACCGUCCGCUUCGGCCGAUUCACGUCGACGUCGCUGCGGAAAGAGAUUGCUCAGCAAUUUGGGACGGACACGGUGUUCCAGGUGCAGACGUGUCAGGGCGUGGACAUCCGGGAGUUCUCCUCCUCUCCCGGCGAGGAGGAGGUGCUGAUCCCGCCCUUCGAGACCUUCAGGAUCACCGGGGUCAGCCAGGAAGGGGACAGGGCACAGAUCCAGCUCCGCUCCACCGGGACCUUCAGCAAAUACAGCUGCGAGUGGCUGCGACGUGGGAGCAUCCCCAGGGCCCCCUCCCACCCCAGGGGGCUCCUCCUGGCCACCACAGCCCUGGCAGUGGCCACCAGGAUCAUCAGAGCCACGGGGCAACCAAGGUCACCGUGGUCUCCACCAGCACCGAGGCCACCAGGACCCCCAGAGAAAUGAGGCCACCAAGGCUACCGAGGCCACCGCUGCUGUUAUGACGACCGUGUCCACUACGGCCACCGUGAGGCCACUGUUGCCACCACUG